UACAGGACCAACUCUCAGGGGACCUGAUUGGAGCCGGUGAGAGACGUGAUGGACUCUACUACUUCCGAAGUAUUCCUAGAAUUCAAUUGAUAGCAGGUUCGAAGUGUGGGAUUUUUGAUCUGUGGCGUAGGCGGUUGGGUCAUCCCUCAAAUAGAGUUCUCAAGUUAGUACUUGUUGUUGAUUGUAUUUCAGAUAGAAAAACAUUAUAUAAGCCAUGUGUGGCAUGUCCCAUGGCCAAGAAAACUCGUGACAGUUUUCCUAUUAGUGAAAAUAAAGCGACUAGUAUUUUUGAAUUAUUACAUUGCGA